AUGGCACCACCAAUGAUUCUCAUUCAAGAUGCUGAGGGUACUCUCAGAGAUGGAGAUGGCCAUGUGAGAAUUGCACAAGGGCAGAAGUUGAAUGCUGACGAGACUGUAAUUCUUGAACCAGUCGCCAUUGGUAUCGAGCGACACCAGGCUGGUGUCGAUCGACACCAUGUCUCAGCUGACAAUGCACAAUUGGCGUUGAAUGCUGAAGUAGAGGAUGAGAACCGUACACUUGGAGAAUACAACAGGCCUGCUCUGUUUUAUUCUAACCGCUCUGCUAUACGUCCUCCUGUAUUUCAGAGGAACAACUUUGAGCUGAAGCCUGGGUACUACACUCUUGUAGGACAACACCCGUUCCUUGGCCAUACUCAUGAGCAUCCAAUGGACCAUAUUGACAAGUUUGAAGACUUGGUAUCUAGCAUUAAGGCAGAAGGUGUGUCUUUGGAUUUACUGCUCUGCAAGCUUUUCCAGCACUCCUUAGCUGGAGAAGCACUAUCGUGGCUUAAGGAGUUAAAACCUGCAUCUCUUACGAGCUGGAAGGAUGUAAAGGUGGAGUUAUUGAACAACUUUUAUGAUGAUGCGAGGUCAGAGGAGCUGCGGAAAAAGAUUUCUACCUUUUCUCAAGGGAUCUCAGAGGCUUUCAAGGCUGCUUGGGUGCGUUUUAAGGGAUAUCAGAGAAAUUGUCCACACCAUGAGUAUGACAAAUUUCAGCUUCUGGGCAUUUUCUAUAGAGGAUUGGAUUGGAGGUACCAGAUGGCUUUGGAUGCUGCUAGCAACGGUAAUUACAACACAAGGUCUCCAGCUCAAGCCACCAAACUAAUUGAGAACUUAGCUUCCAGCAACAGCACUAAAGUUGCUGAUUUUGAGAGGAAAAAGCUAGCCCAAAACAUGGAUGGGGUUCAACUCGCUGACGUUAAGGUAAAACUCGAUUCUGUGCAUAACCUUCUUGUUGCCAAGAACUCUGUUAAGUUUGCUGCUGAGGUUGAGGCCUUUGAACUAGGUGUGGAUAAAGAAGAAGGUGUGAACUACAAAGGCACCAGCAGUUUCGUCAGAACCUAUGGAAAUUCUUCUUACCCGUCGCCUCCUCCUCCAUCUACAGAUACUGUGAUGAAAUCCAUGCUAGAACAGAUUUUAGCGGGUCAGCAGAACAUGACAGUGGACUUCAACGGGAAGAUGGAUGCCAUGUACACUGACUUGAAUGGCAAAAUCGAAGCCCUGAGCACUUAUACCAAUAAGGAUGGAGAUGAUGUUUGGGUGGAGGAAACAAGUGACGAUGAUAAAACCGCACUUGCACAGCAGGUGUCGCCCAACACCAUCUCACGGUAUCGAUCGACACUGACACCAGUUCUCGUGGAUUCGGUUCCUGACAGACCAAUAUCGACCGCGAUCGACACUUCCAUGUCGACACCAGAUCACAGUGUCGAUCGAAACCUUCCCUCUGGCGAUAGACACCCCUUACAGACAGAACCAAAUUUUCUUGAAACUCUACGAUCAUCUACAGAAAAGAUCUACAAGCCUAAGGUUCCUUUUCCAAAGCCUAGGAAGUCUAAACAGGAGAUGGAAGAAUCUCGAUGCAAGGCAAUGAUGGAGAAGCGGUGUGUUAAGAGGAUGGUCAUAAAUGAUGUGAGCCCUGAGAAAGGAACUUUGCUGGCUAGAGACAUGGGUGUUAUCUUCUUGAAACAAACCCCACAGAGUAACAAAGAAAAGAAUAAGGAAGUGUUUGUUUCUGAAAAGGUUAGUGCCAUGAUUCAAAGCAGGAUUCCGGAGAAGUUACCUGAUCCAGGAAGUUUUGUGCUAGACUGCUCUAUCUUCACAGAAAGAUUUCCUCACUCUCUUUGUGAUCUUGGGAUGACAGAUUUCAAGCCGACUAGGAUCUCUCUUAUCUUAGCUGAUAGAUCAAAAAGGAUUCCCGAAGAACCUAAGGAUCCUAUUUUCCUUGGGAGAUCUUUCUUGGCUACCACUGGUACUCUUAUAGAUGUUCAAAAAGGAAAGAUUGGACUGCAUGUGGGUGAUUUGGUUAUGAACUUUGAUAUGGACAAGUUGAGGCGAGUGCCUACUAUUGAUGGCCAGACUUUUUCUGUAGAGGAAGCCAUGGGUGACAAGGCAGUCAAAGAGUAUUCAUAA